UACCAGCCCAACCAUGUGGGCAGACAUAGGAAGCAGUCUUCUCCUAGUAACUGCCUCAAUUUCUCUUCUGCAUCUUGUACAUAUCUAUAGAAGGAAAAAACUUGACAAUUCAGCUACUUUAUGUUUGCUUUUUAAAAUGUCUGUCCAUCCUCCACAUUCCACCCAUUACCCUUAUGCAGGAAGAUAAUCCCCUGACGCUUCAUGUCACGCAGCUGUUUAUGUGACCUUGAGGGGGUCCAUAUGUCACAAUGCACAGUUACCAACACUAAGCAUUGCCAGAUACCAGGCUAGCCCAGGGGGUACCAGAUGAAUGAGGCCCAGCCCCGCUCCCAGACACACAGGUUCAUGAACAAGAUGGCCACAUAAUUACAACGCAAGUGGUGCUAGGAGCACCCAUAAGCACACCGUGGUGGUGUGGACGGCAGAUGAAGCUAAGGCUGGUCACCCAGCCAGUGCUUCCAGACUGGCCUAGGAUCCUGCUCAACAUUAGUCAGUUCCUUGGAGAAGAGGUGGGAAAGUAAGCCCCACUGCGGCUGCGCAGCUUGUCCUUGGUAUCAAAGGAAGUGGAGUAUAAAUGGUUGUAGGUGUGGAGAUGGUUGGGCACGGUUGGCAUUGACCACAGGAAACCCCAAGGACAUCUGUUCCUCUUCUAGGUUGGAAUUAGAGAAUAAAAUCCCCUCAUAAUGUUUCUCAGUAGUGACACCAAUCCAGAUGAAGACAGGGCGGCGGCAGAGUCUCUCGGAUGUUCGCUGCCAGAAUUGUAUGCUUUUGUUGAGGAUUUUAAUAAGGACAGCAAGAAAUCAAAUCUCCUAAAAACUCACAGUAUUUCACCUGGUGAAGCUCAGAAAAUGCUUAGUCAAAACCUGAAUGCCAUGUCAUUCACCAGUGGAACUGAUGAUAUGAGGGGAGAACACCUCCAGCCUGUUUUCGUGUGCAAGGUGGUGAGAAAAGAAGAGAAACCAGACUCUAUGACCGAACUGCUGUACCGAAGCUUGUUGACCAGCUCACUCUCUCCGGUGGAGAGACUCACCAGAUCCCAGCAGAGGCUCUUUCAAUGUGGGAUUCCUCCUCCUGCACACACUUUUCCCUAUGAGAUUCUCAUCGAUCACUCCAAAUCUUUGUCACCCGUCCCUGUCCCCAUAGACGAGAAGACUCAGAGUGCCAACAUAUUACACAUGCUCGGCAUUUCCAGGAUCAGGCCAGAAAAUUUUAUCUUUGAAGACAAAAUUGCUAAGUACUUCUUAGUUGAUCCAGAAAAACAAUUCAUGGAUCUAAGGGAUCUGGAAUGGAGAUACUACAAGGGGCUUGCAUCGUGGAAGCACAGUACUUUAGAUUCAUUCAUAGACAUAAAUUACGACAGUGAGAAGAGAUUUGUGGUGAACCAGCCGAUGCCUGGUGUCAUUUACACCCCCACAGUUCGUAGGUCUUUAGUCAUUUGCCCUUAAAUUGAUUAUCCAAAAAAAAAAAAAAAAUGCAGCUUCUUCUUAAAUAAAAUAUGUAGUUUACUAAACUAUUUUGGAUAUGGAUUUUGUUUUUGAGAACAUUGAACUUAUAUGUGAAAAGUAAAUAAGCAGAUGGAACAUAGGAACAGAGUCUAUACGAUAUUCAUGUAAAGUCCAAAAUUAAACCAUUAAUAUAGAGAACAAGAUUCAGAUUGAUCUGCUUAUAUAAGACCAGGUUUGGACCAGUGAAGCCCAUCUGGACCAGGGCUGAGGUAAAUCUAGAUCAUGUGAAAAGUAAGGGCACCUAUGAAGAACAACUACCAAGCAAGAAUAGCUCUUUAAAAUGUUCUACACACAUGAAGAAGUGUAUUAUCAUUUAAAAAAAGUUGGUAAAUUCAACAAAUCAAAGAAUUAAUCCCUGAGGAUUUAGAGAUCAAUCUGAGAACUUAAAAGUAAUACAUUAACUGCUUAAAGACAUGAGGAAGGAAGUAGCAUUUACAAAACAAGAACAGGAAGAUUUGGGAAAAAAACAAAUUGGAAAUCUUGAAAGUGAAACAUUUAAUUAUUGAAAGUAAAACAAUAAUCAUAAUAACCCUCAAUAAAUUAUCGCAAUGGUAUACUGGAUGUAUCUUAAGAGAAAGAAUUAAUGACUUAAAAGAGCACUGAGAGAGAAGUUUCUAGAUCAUGGUGCAAUAAGACCAAAGGAGCAAAUUCUGAAAGAAGGAUCGUGGAGGGUAGAAUGAGAAGUUUAGAAGUCUAGCCAGUGGAAGAUGCAGAAGAAAAUAGGGUGAAUGGCGAUGUUGGAAAAUGAAAUGACUGAUAAUUUUCCGGAAAUGGUAUGAAUGAAAACUUGAAUGGAAAACCUCACUGAAUGAUUGGCAAGAAAAUAAAAAUAACUCUCUACCCAGAAACACCAUAGCAUAACUGCACCACAGUAAGCAAGAAGGGAAAAUAAGAGAAGAUGAUGCAUUGCACACGCACAAGUGACAGAUCAACAGCGGAGCUUCCGUUAACAACACACGUCAGACGGCAAUGGUGUCACAUACUCAGAAUGCUGAAGGGAAACACCUGGCAGCCUGAAAUUCACCAGCCAGCCAGAUGCUCUUCAAAGAGCAGGGUUAAAAUAAAUACAUUUUAGAAAAAUGUAAAAGCCGAAACUCUUUACCACCCACAAUCUCUUACUGAAAAAACCACUAGCAAAGUAUGUACUCUAGCAAGAACUGGGAGGAGUGCAAGAAAUAAUGGUGAACAAAUAAAUGAUCAAUAAUAUAUCUGUGUGGUUGUGUAGAUACUAAAAUAUAAUUCUGGAA